AUGGAUUUUCCAGCAAAUCACACUUUGAACAUGACUGACUGCACCCCUGAUCUCUCUCAGAUGGGACAAAACUUUUCCUACAAUGAUGAACUCAGCCCCUUCAGCUACAGCACCUUCAUCAUGCCCACCCUCUUCGGGAUCAUCUGCCUGCUGGGCAUCAUGGGCAACAGCCUGGUGAUCCACACCAUCCUGAAGAAGCCCAGCCCCAGCAACAGCGUCCCCGACAUUUUCAUCAUCAACCUUUCCCUGGUGGACUUGCUGUUCCUCCUGGGCAUGCCCUUCCUCAUCCACCAACUGCUAGGAAAUGGCGCCUGGCAGUUCGGAGAGACUAUGUGCACCAUCAUCACUGCCCUGGACGCAAACAGCCAGUUCACCAGCACCUACAGCCUCACCGCAAUGUCCAUCGAUCGCUACCUGGCCACCGUCUACCCUUUCACUUCCACCCGCUUCAGGAAGCCUCCGGUAGCCAUCUCCGCCAUCUGUGCCCUCUGGGCUCUCUCCAUCCUCUGCAUUACCCCGGUGUGGAUGUAUGCGCAACUCAUUCCUCUGCCAGGAGGGCUCCUUGGCUGUGGGAUCCUCUUACCGAAGCCCCAGCGGGACAUCUACUGGUACACCCUCUACCAGUUCUUCCUGGCUUUCGCCAUUCCAUUCACCCUCAUCACAGUGGCCUACAGGAGGAUUCUGCUGAGGAUGGCCAGGUCCUCACAGGCGCUGACUGGGCAGAGGUGCACCAGGCUCCGGGCCAAAAAGGUGACGCGCAUCGCCAUCGCCAUCUGCUUGGCGUUCUUCGUGUGCUGGGCCCCGUUCUAUGUCCUGCAGCUGAUCCAGCUGGCCAUGCACCAACCCAGCUUGCCGUUCUACUAUGCAUACAAUGUGGCCAUCAGUCUGGGCUAUGCCAACAGCUGCUUGAACCCUUUCAUCUACAUCUUGCUGGGGCAGAAUUUCCGCAGGAAGAUUGUCGUGAUCCCUGUUGGGCCUGCGGAUGCGGAAGAGGAUCUCUCCCAACACCGGAUCAAAAGUGCCCAGGGAGAACCCAGUGAGACUGGGCAGGCUUUGCUGCAUUUGGCCUCUGUCUCAGCCAGGUGGACAUAG